AUGAGCGCCGACAGAGUUAACACAUUCUCAAUCGAGUCGUUCAUGCAGUCGUAUCGCCAGGGCACUCAUUUUUCCAAGGAUACUGUUCAAAGGGUUGCAGACGCAUGUGGCAGGGCUCUUAGGCAAGCCCAGAUACUCCACGAGAUAACGUACACCACCCCACCCAGCGCGAGGCUAGAGGGGGAGCUCAAAAUGCGCGAGGCGCUCCGAGGUAAGCCUUAUACGCAGAACGACGAGAUCGAGGCGGAUGUCAUUUUGGCCAGCGUAUUGGUCCAAGUGCACCUGCCCCAGGAGAGAAGUCAUGUCAGCCAGAUCAUUUGCGAAAACUUCGAGAUACACCAUCGAUCUGCCAGGACGGUAGAUGGGAUUGGAACCGCACCAGAACCAACCAACCUGUGCACGGAGUACUAUUGGGUCUCGUUGAAAGAAGAGAAUGUGUGGCCGCCGAGGCUUGUUGAAGUUCAGGUUGCGACAGACGAAGGCGAUAGAGAGUUCAGAACCCAGGAUGAACUGGUAGAGUUCCUCAGCAAAUGGGCGGUUCUCAUAGGCAUGGAGGUGAAGCGCGGCGACGUGCAACCACUCUGGGAACUAUUGAACGUUCCGACUUCGCAGCAAGUCAGGGACUUCCGAGAUUUUCUGGCGGGCCUCAAUCUGUCAGCAGCGCCCGAUUUAGGUAGCGACUACGCGCGCAGGGCGCGUGAGUUUGAGCCCGGACUCGAAUUCAGCCUUGCCAUGUACGUGGCCGAUUCACUAAUGCGGUCGCCGAGGGGGAAUGACGGAAUUCAAAGAGCAAUGUCAGUCUUGGAGGAGAAGCCCGAGGCAGAGCAGCAAAGAGAAAAAAUGAAGAUUCUAAGGGAUUCGCUCAUCUGGCUGGUCCGUUUCGGUUCGUGGGGAGAAGGCGCGACCGACAUGCUUUUCGACGGGCUAGACAAGGCGCUUCAGACUCGACAGCUAAAGAGGAUUGUCUGGCUAAACAAGCCAUGCGCGAGAGACUUCCUUGACGACCGAAUUGGUUUUCUCACCAACCGCGAAGUCCAGGAUCUGGAGCAGUUGUGGCUUUUGUUUGCGCGACAUAACCGGGCGCCCGCACAGUACGUCUUCAAUCUCGCAAGGCUGGGGAUCAGGGGCCACUCUGCGCCCUCUUGGUUGGAGUUUGACAAGGCGAUCACGGACUUGCAUAUAAUUCCGCGCCUCUUUUGA